GUUCCUCUGCUGCUCCGAUCAAUAUCUGUGAAGCGUGGUGCGCAAGUGGCACUUUCUUAUGGCGGCGCUGUUUGGUACUCCUUGAGCACUAGAAAAAACCAGCCCUCGUUCAAAUUGUAGGAUAAUACUCCCCUCCAUGAAGAUAAGAUACUACGAAUAGAAAUUGCUCGAGGUAUGGUUGCAGCUCGAUGUGGGUGCGCGCUUGAGGACCAGAGAAGGGGAAGCUGCUGUUGAUAGACGUUCAGUUUGUUACUUGAUCAAUUGAAAGGGUUCUGCCACAACUUGUAGAGGGACUGAACAAAAUCAAUGGAAGGCAUUACAUUUCCUUUUUCUAAGAUGGAGGUCAAUAACUCUCCUACUCCUGUACCCAGCCCUCUGUCCCCAAUAGAUCAGACGCAUCAAGAUCUGGUGGCAAAGUCGGCAAACCCGGAAAUGUUUGCAAGUUUGUCAAUCCUCCUGCAGUUAGUUCUCUUAGGAUCAGCGUUUGUAUGUGGCCACAUUUUGCGGAGGAGAAAGAUAUACUGGAUGCAUGAAGCAGGAUCAGCGCUCUUGAUGGGGGUGGUGGUUGGCCUUCUGUCAAGGAUUUUCAACACAGAGGAAGCUUUCAGGCGGUGGCUCAACUUCAGCAACGAGUUCUUUCUGCUCUUCCUGCUUCCUCCCAUCAUAUUUGAGUCCGGGUUCAGUCUUCAAGUGAAAUCCUUCUUUGAAAACUUUGGGGCCAUCGCCCUCUUCGCAUUCGUGGGGACCUUCAUAGCAGCCAUUGUGACCGGCGUGAUCAUGUAUGUGGUGGGCUUCCUUUGGCUGAGUUAUCAGCUGCCCUUUGUGGAGUGCCUUAUCUUUGGGGCGCUCAUUUCGGCGACAGACCCAGUGACGGUCCUGGCAAUUUUCCAGGAGCUGGGAGGGGACGUCAACCUUUAUGCCCUUGUGUUUGGAGAGUCCAUCUUGAACGAUGCUGUGGCCAUCGUUCUGUACAGGACGCUUGUUUCGGUCGUAGCAAACCCCGAGCAGCAUCGCAACAUUUACGACCCCGCCGUGGUCUUCCUGACCAUCCUCAUGGGCUCGCUAGCGAUUGGUACCGUAGUUGCGUUGGCCUGCGCGCUGCUGUUCAAGUACGCUGGGUUGGCGGUGAACAACCUGCACAACUUGGAGUCGUGCCUGGUGAUCCUGUUCCCGUACUGCGCCUACAUGAUGGCCGACGGCCUCAGCUUGUCCGGGAUCGUCGCGAUCCUCUUCAACGGAGUGCUGAUGAAGCACUACGCUCUUCCCAAUCUUUCUGACAAGGCCCAGGAGAACGUCACACAGUUCUUCCGCCUGAUUGCCACCCUCGCCGAGACCUUUGUCUUCAUCUACAUGGGCGUGGCCAUCUUCAACACGGAGCAGAGCUGGACACACGUCAGCUUCACCUUCUUUGCCAUCAUUGCUAUCCUGGCAGCCAGGGCCGCCAACGUGUUCCCGCUGUCAUACAUCAUCAACACUAUCCGGCCCCGCAGCAAGAACAUCCCUAUGGCCCAUCAAAAAGCGCUCUGGUUCAGCGGUCUCCGGGGCGCCAUGGCGUUCGCACUUGCGCUGCAGUCGAUUGAGGACCUACCAACGGGCCACGGGAAGGUCAUGUUCACAACGACCACGGCCAUCGUGGUGCUCACGGUCUUGGGGGUCGGGGGUUCCACAGCGGAGGUCCUCAGGCGGCUCGACUUGCUGGGGGACGACUUCCAGCCACUGGCAGGGGAGGCUCUAGAUGGAGCGGGGGAGGAGGCGGGGCUGAUGCGAUCGGGGAACGGCGAGUCGGACUACACGCCCCCCUCGAGCCCCACAAGCCGGGGCUCCCUUCAGAUGCGCCUCAAAAACUUCCAGCGAGCGGCCAAGCAGUACAUGCCGGAGGCAAACGGCACCUUUUUGGAGACGGUGGACAAGAAGUACAUUCGGCCCUUCUUCACGACGGCCAGCGAGGAGGACCUCACGCGGGUGGAGAGCCAGGCCAACGGCCAAGGGCCUCAAGCGGAGGUGGGGGAGGUGUCUUCUCCUCCGGAGGUGACGAGUCGACCGCCGCGGAGGUUAGCUAGCCGGGAAGGGAUGCCAGGCUUCAACCCUCGACAAAAAGAUGAACUGCCCCCAGUGCGACCACCGACUUAGCCUCUCCGAAUGUAGCAUAGAUGUGACAUGCAAGCACUACGGGAGACUCAGCAUAAUCUGGCGUUCAGAAGCGGACUUCAGGUUAAUUGCUAUUGCAUGUCAGCUUUGUUCGAAUCAUGUACAUUAUCUCGUACACUAAUCACUGUACUGCAUCUUACACCGAU